AUGGUUGAAUUCAAGAUUGAUAGCAAUGAAAAAGAAGGUGAUGAUUCAGACAUGGAACUCUACAAAGAAAAGAAGUCUUUAGUGGGCCCCAAAGAGCGAGAUCAAACUAAAAGAUUGAUUUAUGAGAUUUUAUAUGGUAUGGGUGCAAAUUCACUUGCUGAACAGCUGGAAUGCGGUCCAGAUGAUGCUAGAGACAAAAUUCGUAGUUUCAAAAUAUCUUUCCCUGGUGUUGCUUCUUGGCUUAAAGAGGUUGUUGCAAUCUGCCAUAAAAAAGGUUAUGUCGAAACUUUGAUGGGAAGGAAGCGGUUUUUGGCAAAAGUUAAGUUUGGAAAUAGUGAAGAAAAAUCAAAACUCAGAGAUAGGCUGUGA